CUAACUUUAUUGUUUGUUACACUUUAAACUCCAAAACAAGUAAUGGGUAAAAAACAAACAACUUCUUCGCUUCCUCAUUUACCACAUAGCAUUGCUAUGCCUCAAGUCCAGGUCACGGGGGAAAGACCAAUGAUGCCCGGUCAAAAAUCCUUACCUACGGCUGAUUGGAAGAACAACGACAGUGGACAGCAAAUGGUACCGGGUAUGGACACCAAUCGUCGCGCAAACAAAAAAGCAGUGGUCAAGCAAGGUGUACCUUGUACCUCUCGUCCUUCUAAAAACCCUUUGCCGGCCAACGUAGAGCCUCCGCCCAUGUUUAGCUCUCAGCCUUCCACUGUAGCUGCGCUUCGCUCAGCAACCGAGUCCAAAACACAAAAGCAGAUGCAUCGCAUGGAAGGCGGUAUUGAUCCUGUGGUCUUGCUAACAAAUCGCUUAGAGUCAUGGAGACUAGCUAUUAAAAACCUGGUGGCUUUUUUCAAGAAGGUUGUCUUGGUCGAGAACAGAACUUCCAAGGGCUUGUCGGGUGCUAGUUCAGAGAUUGAAUUACCUUUCAAAGGUUCCAAUGGUCUAUUUUUGGAAAGCGGUGGUAUGCAAGAUGUAUUUGCAGCCAUUCGUGAUUACACCAUGCAACAUGGUAUUAUGCACCAUGAAACUUCCAGCUAUCUCCAAGGCGCCGUGAUUCCUGCUUUCCGUGCCAUUAAAGCGGAUAUUAAGACCAUGAUUCUCCAGAUCGAAAAAGACAAGUCUCUCAAGAGUAAUUAUAUUUACGAUAGUCGUACACAUGUCAACCGUUUGAUCGAUCGAUUGGGCAAGACCAUCGAGUCAGCGCAGUACUCGCCACACACGGCAGAUCAAAACCCCGACCCUUUCUUGCUGAACCUCAGCGUGAUUCAUGCGAUUCGUGACCUCUGCGAUCAUGAGAAUAGGCUCCAUGACAACAUCAUGAAUUUGCAGCAAGAAGUGGCUAUUUUUGAAGCCAAGAUUAUUGAGAACACGCGUCAUAUCUUGCAGGGUUACCAUGACUACCGACUGGAGAACAAGAUGGAACAUCGUGAUUUCAUUGGUACUAUCACUGACACUUUUGAUAAUAUGGAACCCAGUACGGAAUGGAACAGCUUUGUUCAACGUAACCAGUAUAAUCUUGUGCAAGCAAAUUCGGCUUAUAAGACCGAAAAUGAUAUUGAUUACCCAAGUCAGCAUAGUCGCUUCGUGCGUGCUUCCAAGAUUGGCCCACUUCAACUGAAAACGGGUAUUACCAAGGGUUGGACCGAAGGCAUCUAUAUUCUUACGCCAGCCGGUUACCUUCAUGGUUACAAGACACCCAAGCACUUCCAGACUAAUCCACUUCGUCCCACGUACUCUAUCUUUGUGCCUCACUCAACGGUGGACACAGAUGAAGACAGCUUUGAGAUUCGCAGUAAUCAAGACAAGAAGAUCAGCAUGGGCAAUAAUCAUUAUAUUUUCCGAGCCCCUACACGUGCAGAAAAUCAAGCCUGGUACGAAUCCCUUUCGGGUCUCUCACAAAAGUUUCAAUCACCCCCACUUUUGGAAAGUACCGAAAACAACUUUUCAAAUACUCCCUCUCAUCGUGAUUUACCUCCUUUGCCUGCCAGUAUCUUGCCUAUUGAAGCUCAACAAAGGCGUGCUAUCGAACCCGCUCCUGAACAACAACAACAACAACAACAACAUGCUUCUUCUGUUCGUCAAAUAGAACAUAAUGAAACCUCUCCUAUCCGUCAAGAGUCCGCCAUAGAAGAAAAUAAUCAGCAACAACAACAACAACAACAACAGCAGCAGCAUAUGGUCCCCGUGCAACGAGAGGCGACUCCUGUGCAACAAGCAUCCCCUGUACGACAAGCAUCUCCUAUGCGUCAACAGAAGCAAGAAAAUGUGCCUACUCCCAAGCAGCAAUACCUGAAGGCGUACCCUGCUGCUGAGCGCGCUGAUAUGGACCUUGAACAUCCACCUGUGCCUCCCAAGACUCCUAUUGAUUAUAACAAGUCAAGAAACCUCGGUCGUUCUGACACUAUUUCGGGUGAUAACCAAUUAGCUAAUAUUUCAGCGGGUGGUAAUGCUUCUACCAAUAGCUAUGUAGCCGGUCCUGAAAGUCAUUACCGUAGUCCUUCUCAGCAAGAGCAUCAUCAUUCACAGACAGAUGUGGGUAAAUACGAGUCUACCAAACCUAUUGUGACCAAUGUCUAUGAAGGUCGUGACAAGUCGAACCGAAAUCACUCCUCUUCUCGCGAUAAUUUUGGUGAAUAUGAGUCUACCAAGCCCAUUACAACAGACGUAUAUGAAGGUGCUGAAUACACACAUCGUGGUGGACAAAGUGCUCCUCGUGAUAAGGAUUACGGUGAAUAUGAGUCUACUCGACCUAUCAAGACAGAUGUUUAUGAAGGUGUUGAUUACUCACGCAGUAAGCAUCAUCAUGGCUCUCGCAACGAUUACGGUGAAUAUGAAUCUACCAAGCCCAUAAUAACAGAUGUAUAUGAAGGUGCUCAACACACACACGAUGCUCAUCAUCAUGCUUCCCGGGAUCAUCAUCUUGGUAAGUACGAAUCUUCUAAGCCUAGUAAAACAGAUGUGUAUGAAGGCGGGGGUAAACACACCCAUGGUAAGCAUCAUCACUCCUCUCGCGACAACCUUGGUAAGUACGAGUCUACCAAGCCUAUUAAAACAGAUGUGUACGAUGACGAUGAUACAUCGGAUGAGAUGGAUACGGCCAUUCAUAAGCACAGCCAUAACAGCAAUCUUGGCAAGUACGCCUAUACUUCUUCCGACCGUGAAAAGUACUCUUUGGGAGGUCAUACGCCUUUGGAAAGCAAACAGAAUGAAGGCUAUAGUUACGGCAAGAACUUUCGAUCCGGACAGAGAACUGGUAAUGAGUAUGGUACUACUGAACAUCACCGUGGUGAUACUGGUGAUGACUUUGACACUUCAGGCCGCUAUACAAAGUCUAACAAUAUGAAGGAUCAUUAUGAGCCCAAGAUGGCAGAUCGUUUUGAUGAUGAUGAGGAUUCAUUCACUUUAGGUCGUGAUGAAUAUUCUAACAGCAAGGGCGGAUUACCCGGUCAAUAA